AUGACCGUCUCUCACAAAAACAAUUACAAGUCGAUUCAUUAUAAAAAACAGUAUUUUUGUGGAGGUAUGAAUAAAGGAUUUGUACUUUUAAUUCAGAGUUCUAAAGAGUCAUUGCAAGAAUAA